AUGUCAGCGCCUUCUCAAAGAACAAAACGCAAGAAUAAGAAAAAGUAUUUUCAGGCCCCUAAAAAGCAUAAAUCUGGAAUUUUGGAAUCUGGACUAAGAGGCUUUUUAAUAACUGGUAAUAAUGAACAUAAGUGUGUUAAGGAGGCAUAUAAUUUAUUAAAUGAAUAUGCAGAUGAAAUGUAUGGAAAUGAAACCCAGACAAACGAAGUUAAAUCUGCAUUGAGAGAUCUUGAUUUAGAGGCACAAUUAGCCAAAGAAAUAGAAAAUGUAAAAUGCCAGCAGAGAAGAUUUCAGCAAGUGUACACCAAUGUAAAAGAUGUUAUUUUCAUUAAAACAACACUGCUGGAUCCUACUGCUUUAGUGGAAUCAAUAUUUGAUAGCAUACUUCGAACCGGAAAAAGGAAAACAAGGUUUAUACAAAAACUGAAGCCAGUAGUAUUUACAUGUAAAGCAUUUGAAGAUGAUAUAAGAAAAUCAUUAGAUGAAUAUUUGCUCUCAUUUUUAAAUGAUGAAAAGAAUGUUUGUCUAACAUACAGCAUUGAUUGCAAAAUUCGUUACAAUAGCAAUACUUCUUCAUCUCACAUAAAGUGGUAUGUCCGAAAGUCAGUUGAAAAAAGUGCUCCAAAGUGGACACCUUCUUUAAUAGACCCAGAUAUUAUGAUAUUUGCACAUGUGCUGUGUACUAGUUGCUGCAUUAGUGUGUUAAAGAAUUAUACAGUUUAUAAAAAAUAUAAUUUAUCAGAAGUAGCAAAUUUGGGAAGCAAAAUGUAUCAAAAAAUGGAAAAUGCUGCUACUGAAACCAUUGCUUCAGCUGUAGGUAUACCAGCUGAAAUGAAUCCCAAAACUGUAGAAAUACAUGCUGAAGCUAACCCAGCAACUGUAGAAAUAUCUGCGGAAACUGUUGCUGAUCUAUCAACUGUAGAUAUAUGAUACAACAGUUUUUAAAAGAAAGUUUUGUGAAUAAUAUUACCAUAAGAUUAUCCUGUUACACAUAAACAAUAGUCUCAAUGUUUAUAAAGUACUUUUUGUAAGAUAUUUUUUCUAUAGCCCAAAUAAGUUUCCAUAAAACUGACUGUUUUAAAAAUUGAACUGAAAUGAGAAGAAAGUAAUCUAAGUAUAUACUGUCUACUGUUUAUUUUUGAUUUUAAAUAAAGUUUUCAAAAGUGUCUUGAAUUAUAUAUUUCUUAGAUGAAUUAAUGCAGAUAAUAUACAGAGUAUAACAAAAAUUAAUGGUCACAACUGUAAGGUGUGAUAGAAAUUUCCAAAACAAACAACUUUCAUCCUAUAAUGUGGGUUCAGAAAGCAAACAGCAAGCUGUAAGAGAACACUGGGUGCUUUCUCUAAAGUGGAGAACCCAUCAUUCAGCUGUUAUUUGUUGCCAGAGAUGCAGAAGUAUUCAUUUACAGGGAAAGUUCAUAUGCACCUUAUGUAUGGGGCUGCAAACGGUAAUGCUGUUGAAGUGGUAAGACUUUAUCAGGAGGAGUUUCCAAACUGGGUGUUGCCCAAUCUGAGAACAUUUCAAUGUUAGUAUAGGCAACUCUUGGAGAUGAGCUCAUUCCACAGCCAAAGAUGUGACACAGGUCAAUCAAGGAGUACAAGAAUGAUAAUCGAACAGAAGCAGCCCUUCAGGCAAUGGAUGACCAGCCUGAAGAAGCAUGCGAGCAGUAGCUUGUGACCAAAGUGUCAACCAUAUGAUGGUAUUGUAGCGAUCAUGUGGUUUGUGAAGCCUUGGUAGUUGCUUGCUCGAGUCGCCAUCUAUUAACACCAGUGAAAAGUGCAGCAUUGGAUGAGCAGGACCCAAACCUGGGUCGGUAUAUUACGAAUCAAAUUCUUUACCGCAAGCCCAAAAGAGCUCCAUUGCGCUAGGUUUAAGAAUUCCAGCUUUUUCAAAUUUGCGAGCAUAGAGUUGCUAUCACGAUUGCUACCAUAUGAUGUGCGUUACAUGAAAAAAAGUUACAACCUUACCAUCAACAGUGGGUCUGGACCUUAAAUGAAAAUUUCCACAAUAUGAAACAUUUGCAUUUUGGUUCCUUCAACAGAGCGUACUGCGUUCACAGUUUGCAGCAUGUGUUCUGUUUACAGACAAAACUAUAUGGGGAUAAGAAUGAAAAAGCAUUUUUGGUUCCAUUGGUUUGUCUUUCUCAAUUCUCAAAACCUUAAGGCAUGUGCAUCAUUUGGCACUUUGGCAGUAACAAUGCAAACUUUGUUCUGAAUUGAGAAAUAUAAUUCUUCGUUAGAUAUAGAGAAAGAUGUAUAUGUACAAGUACUAUAUAGAAAAAGAUGACUGAAAUCUGUGCCUACCCCUCAGAAAAGGGCAUAUUUUGCUAGCUUUUAAUUAAAAGUUAUCACUUUUGUUAAACAGUGCUGUGGAUAGAAUUGAAGAUAGUGUUAAUGAGGCAUAUGUUAGCAAUGUUAAUGAUCAAAUGGAAUAUGAUGACAUUCUCCUGAACUUGCCUCUAGCAGAGCCUUUGAGAAUUGCUAGAAAAUUCUGAGUCCAAUACCAGUAUUGAGAUAUUUGAUUAACAUAUAUAUGGAUUAAAAAAUAACACUUUUUUAGUUAUUUAACCUUUAAUAUUAUUUUUGUGAUCGAAUUAUUUGUUAAUCAUUUGACUUUAUUCAUAAGACGACUCCUAACUUCAAUCCUAAAAAUUCUUCCUUGGCUUAUACACGAAAAUAUAUGAUAGUUACAUUUGAAUUCCAAUUAAUAGUUUUGAAUAGCAGAAUUUCAAAAAGAAAAUACAAAAUUUAAUUUCUGCAUAUACAGAUAUUUUGCUGAAUUAAGACAGAUAAAUCUGUAAUAUAUAUAUAUAUAUAUGUAUAUAUAUACAUAUGAUGUCUUUCUCAUUGUAAUAAUUCUAAUUUUUCAUUCUUUCUCAUCACUCUUGCCCAAGCAGUCAGCCCAUUCUCCUGGAAUCAAACACAGGUUAAACUACCAGUGUUCUGUGACUUUGCCACUGUGGGCCUAAUACAAAGAAAUAUAAGACUGAUACUUAAGAUGGAUUGCACAUCCUUACACUAUGGUGACUUCGAAGUCACAGCACGGUUAGUUGUCUUUUUUUGUUUACCGUUAAUGACAUCAGAGUUUAAGUGCAAAACAUAGGGGAAGCAGAGCAAGGAAAUCCAUCCUCAAAAUUCUGGAAGAAAGUUUUAGUUUAUUUGGUUUGUUACUAAUACUGUGUUUAUCCAAAAUAUUAAUUAACAAUGAAAAUGGCAGUCACAGAAUACAUUCUGAAAAGGUAGUAAAA